AUGUGCCAUACUGGUGCCCCCCAGCUCUUGUGGCCUGAGGCAGUCCGCUACGCCGCGCACCAGCUGAACCUGUGGCCCAGUCUGUCGCACGUCACUCCGCAGUCGCGUCCAGUCCCUGUCGUGUCUGGGGGUGAAAGAGGUGCAGUUGCGGAGGGUGAGGGUACUGGGGCUUCUGGAGCUGGUGGGGUCGGCUCUGGGGGUGCAGGGAGUGUGGGCGUGGAGGUCACUCCCGUGGAGGACACGGCAACCUCGAGUCGGCGGCCUUGCCCCGCGUCACCCCCUGGCUUCCCGUCCGUCCCGCAGUUCCCUCGUCGUUCUCAACGGCCGGUUGCUGCGAAGCCUGGGGGUGUUCCUGCGGGGGGUACUCGAGGCACCGGGGGUGCCGGUGGUGGAGGUGCUGGUUCUGGGGGUGCUGGAGCCGGUGGCACUGGUACUGUGGCGCCUACACCGUGCACUGUACAUUUCCUCACGAGUGAGCAACGUCUCCUCCGAUUGGAGAGGGAGGAGCGGGAGCGGUUUGAGAGGGCACUGCAGCAGCAGGAGAAGUCUCAGUCACAGCAGCAGGAGAGAGCAGAGGAGGGGUCACAACAGCAGCAGCAGCCUCCUGAGUCGUCCCCCACUGUGUUUCACGACCCGUUGUCCGACUACCUCCUUGCCUGCCAUCCGGUUGUCUCCCGUGUUCUGUCCGCGUUGGUCACUCACCCGAGUGCCCCCCCGUUGUCUGUCUCGGCUCUUGUUACCACUGUUGCUAGCUUUGCCUCUUCCCGCCGCCUUGACUACACCGCUCACCUGGUGAGUGGCCCUGCUCGUUCUCCGUCCUCUGGGGGUGCUCCUGUCUUUCCCCUGGAGGUCCUUGAGGACAGGCAGUUCGAGCUUGGUUUCCUGGCGGCCGCUGUUCCUCAUCUCUGCGCCAUGCUGCUUGCACCUGAGGGGGAUCCAGACGCCCUUGACAUCCGGAUCCCUCACACUCGCGCUGAGGCGGUCUCGGGACCCUGGGUUUCGUACUGGAUAGCUGCUGAGGAGGCAGAGAUAGCAUCUUAUAGGUCCACAGGCACCUACGUCGACGCCGUCCUACGACCUGGGACGAACGUCGUCAGUGGCAUGUUGCUCUAUAAGGUGAAGCGGCCGCCUGGAUCACCACCGGUGUUCAAGGCGUGCUAUGUGGCGAGAGGCUUCAGUCAGCGCAAGGGGGUUGACGUCUUCCAGACCUUCGCUCCCACCCCGAAGAUGACCACUCUUCGGGUGUUGCUGCACAUCGCAGCUCAGCGCGACUAUGAGUUUCACUCGCUGGACUUCUCCAGCGUUUCUUCAGGGGAGCCUGCACGAGCAGAUCUGGCUGCGUCGCGCGCCUGGCUUCACUGGCGCUUUCCCUCCUGUGACCCAGUGACAGCUGCGUGGACCGGUCUACGGCCUGCGCCAAGCUCCCCGUGA